CGAUGGGAUCCCUACAGAGAAAUAUCUCGCUUUUUUGUGUGUCCAUCUCCUUCGUUUCGCGGAAUCCCCGUGUCGCGACUUCUCUGCGCGGUGGCCUUGUCGACAAUUUUUUUCCUUCUCUUCAAAAGCCGACACCUAGCCGGUGUGAUCUCGGGACGGAGUUGUUUCUUCUCUCGCUGGUGUCAAAAAAGAAGUGAUGUGCCUGGGACGAGGGGAACAGUGAGCCACUGGGGAAGGAUGGCUCCUGCAGUUUGAUCUUUACCUGCCUCCUCGGUAGCAUUUUGCCGCAAUACAUGGUCAGCUUUAUCCCGCGCUUUACUGAUACUAUCCUUCCCGGUUCCUUGGUGUUCCUGCUUUCUGAAUUUCCGUAUGCCACUGAUGAAUUUUUCUCGUUUUUCUUUCUGAAACGAACGGGUCGUGAAUUAGGGUGUGGUGCGACUCUCGUUUGCUGCGAGUGAGCAAGAGGGGAACAAAACUGGGAGCAAGAGGGAGAGAAAGACGAAGAGUUCCCCAGAGAUCAGAAACGCGUUUGUGAGUGAGAGAGGACAGCUGUAGAAUGUAGGCAGUGGCGAAGAGGGACAGACUGCGGUACAUCGUCUUCAGCGUUCUGGGUGUAUUUCCUCUUCACGGUGAACCUGCGCGUUCAGUCCAGUCUGUGUUUUUUCCUUCCUCGCAUUUGUUUUUCAGAGCUUCUUGUUUCUCCCAUCGUUUCUCUUCCCAGCCUCGGCUGCGCCCUUGCUUUGCUCUGAGACGGCUUUUUUUUCGUCUUCUCACUCGCGUUUCUUCUGCCCUUCUCCGUGGAACCUAUGGCGUCCUUCAAUCCCUUUUCUUGGUUCUCCUCCUCUUCCACGGACGAAGAUGUUCGUUCUUCUGUAGGCGCACCUGCCACCGAGAGUCGACGGAAGGGCGGACUGUCUUCUUUCUUUUUCCCCUCCGAGGAAGAAGAGGAAAACCGAAUCAAAGUUGCCAUGAGGCGAUACGGGUACUCGCUGGCGGAGCUACAUUCGUAUCCAGACAUGAUGAAGCUUCCUCAGGUCCCCAAAGAGAUGUUGGCCGACGAGAAAGUCAAGGAGGAACUGGACAGGCAGCACGAAAAAUGCCAACAGAGAUACGACGCAGUUGACACUUGUGUUACUCAGAUGCUCGAGCACGACCGGAAAUCGAAGCGAAAGUAUGCCCGGCUUCAGCAGUGCAAGUCCCAGUGGAUCAGCUUUCAGCGGUGUGUCUCCUUCAGAGACAAGACUAUUCUCCGCGACGUUCGCAGAUGGGAAAAGAAGCACGUGGCGAGUCUCUCCCCAGCGGAAGCGAACGCGUACAUAGACGAUCUUCGGGCAAAACAGCGAUACGCGGAGUACGUUCAGAGGAGAACAGACGACGAGCAAGAAGAACUCCGAAGGAAACGGGAACACGAGAAUUUGGCGCUGCGGGUGAAGAACUUGACCGCCGGCCCCGGAGGCGAAGAUGCUUGAGCGUCGCCUUCUGUCGCAUGCGGCAGGGCAACUUUGAGGCAGCGGACGCAGAGAGAACAGAAGAGGCUGGUGCAGAACGCGAAUGCGAGAAAGAAGAGGGAGGACAGACAAGAGAGAGUGGCGACGAGUAGAAGCAAAUCUAGAGGAAACAUCCGAAAAAGCGUAAACAGAGUAGAGUUCGAGUGGCCCUGUGGAACCUGACCUGACGCGGCGAUCAAAUUGGUCAAAAAGGGCAAGGACGGUUUCCGCCGUCCCAGGCACUCGUCGCUGCCAAGCGCUGCGAUGGUGGCACAUCAUUGGGUGUCGUCUUGGACCGGCGCUCUGGUCGCUCAAAAACAGUGACUGGAGCUGAUCCUCUCACUGAUCUCUUUGCGAUUUCAGCAGGCACCGACUCAAGGACUCCCUGGUGCUGGCUUGUGAUGAAUGUCGCUUCCGCAGUUGAUUGGUCCCAGUUUUCUCGAAUUUUCGACGCCUCGCGAGAAGCGAAGACUUUUCCGUGGAAGGAUCCACCACACAGGCUGCUCCGUGCCUGUGAGCGAGGCUUGUUUUCACUUGCGCGGACAGUGAUAUCGAUGUAACUGCAUCUGUAGAGAUGUAGGCAUGGUCAUAGAUGCGUGAAUACAGUACUUUGUAAACACAUACACCAUUCCUGGAAGUCACAGCACAUGUGCAUUCAUAUAUAUAUAUAUAUAUAUAUAUAAAGUAGUCCUUCUGUGUACGUACUAAACUGUAUGAAAGCAGUGCAAUAGAGACUUGUCUUUGCAUCAAGAGUGCACGUGAGCUGGAUCAAAUGACUCGGCAUUCAGUGCCGUACACAGUGGGGCUUGUUGCUCCACGUAGGUCCUUAUUGUUAGGUGCAUUAACAGUUUGUGGGGAGUAUUUGUCACGAGGUGAAUCACUGGCUUUAAAGCUUGAGAGUCUUCAAUCACUCACAAACAUGUUUUGAAGAGCCUAAAAGCAUGAACGAAACAAUCGCUGCAUAAUCUGUCCGAACUCUUCUACCUGGUGGUGCCUCUCCGUCUGCGUGUAAGACAGCGAA